CGGGGCCGGUCGCUGUAAGAGAGCCCGCGCGGCGGCCCAUUUUUAUCCUCCCCAUCCUGCUUGGCGCGGAUUGAGGGAACCCAAGUCUCGCAGUGGCGUGAUUGGGCGACCGAGCCUCGCGAUACUUAGAACCCUGUGACUUGCGCCUGGGAAGCCCCGCACCUUCUCUUUCGCCUGCCCGGGAGCGCAGAGGCAGCAGCACGAUGCCAGGUGUAACAGUAAAAGACGUGAACCAGCAGGAGUUCGUGAGGGCCCUCGCUGCCUUCCUCAAAAAGUCAGGUAAACUGAAGGUACCUGAAUGGGUGGACACAGUCAAACUUGCCAAACACAAGGAACUGGCCCCCUACGAUGAGAAUUGGUUCUACACUAGAGCCGCAUCCACAGCCCGCCACCUGUACCUCCGCGGCGGUGCUGGGGUAGGCUCCAUGACCAAGAUCUACGGUGGCCGCCAGCGCAAUGGUGUGAUGCCUAGCCACUUCAGCCGUGGCUCCAAGAGCGUUGCCAGGAGGGUUCUGCAGGCUCUGGAAGGACUGAAGAUGGUGGAGAAAGACCAGGAUGGAGGCCGCAAACUUACUCCACAGGGGCAGAGAGACCUGGACAGGAUUGCUGGACAGGUGGCAGCUGCAAGCAAGAAACAUUAAAAUGAGCUUCGGUUUUAAAAUAAAGUACUUUAUUUACUGA